AUGACAGAAAUAGCAAAUCUUCUACAGGUUCCAUUAAAACAAGGGACAAACAAAAGGGGUGCAUAUAAUAGAACUAUGAAAGUUCCUGAUGGAAUGAAAGAAUUAGUUCAUAUUGUUGCUGGUCUUCAAAAAGAUGUUAAACAAAUGAGAAACGUUUUAACAUUACCAGAAGCUCAAGCAUAUGCCAAACGUCAUGGUCCAAAUUGGGAAGCACACGAAGCAGACAUUACGGGUCCAAAUGGAAAACCUGAUGGUAUAAAUGAAGUUUUCGUUACUGAUGGUCAAGGUAAUAUUAAAGUCAUAAAUGGUUAUAAAUUAACUAUAUCUGAUUAUCCUAAACGUAAAGCAUAUAAUGAACGUUAUCCUAUGCAAUUUGAUGAAAAUGGAAAAGCUGUUAAACAAUACAUUGGAGAAGGUGAAAAUGGUCCAAUUAAUUCAUACCGUCAUAAUCCAUAUUCUUAUUUCAAUGAAGAAUUAAAUGCUAUUGAAGAGGGACCGGAUGGAUUACCACGAUAUUCUAACCAGUUUGAUGGUCAAUAUGCAAAUAUUAGACCCGAAAUUUCAGCUAAGAAAUUCUUUAAAGUUGCUUUAUUCGAUCCAGUUUUCGCAAAU